AUGUCCGCGGUGCCCUCAUGUAAUUCCAGCCUCCUGAUAGGCGAUCCUGCUAGGGGACAAAUCUCACCGGUCGCUGUCACCUGGACGGACAUCGUCGGUGAUGACUGCGGAGCCUUAUCCAAGCGUUUAACCGCCGGGCGUAUCUUAUCAAUGCUAGAUUUGUGUGCUGGGCACGCCACUAGCCGUGUUAUACAUAAAAUAACUCAGUCUACCGGCGUAUCUUACAAUGUGUGCACUGUAGGCGUCUCUGGUACUGUCUUUGUGUCUCCCAUUCUACACGGUGAUGCGCUUCGCAUGCGAGGUAGUGUCGUUCAUUGUGGUGAGAGUUCGUUGGGCAUUUAUAUCCGCUUCUUUCGGCGGUCUCCAUCCACACGAACCGAAAGCUUGGCAGGCGAAUCAUUCUUUACUAUGGUAAUCAUCACUCAAGGCAUUGUGUCAGCAAAGGUUGUACCUUCGAUGGAGUUGACAGACAAAACAGACAUUGAGAUGCAUAAACGUUAUAAAGCUAUUCGUUCUUUUCAAAAGCAAAGCACUGAAUCGAGCAAGAAAUUGUUUGAACGUAUAAUCACAGCAGAGGAGGCCAGAUGUCCUAUUAGUGAACUCAAGCCGUUGCAUGUACCCAUCAUCACAACUUACUGCCAAGCGAACCGCAUUUUUUUUUUAGGACAUUUAAAUAGCAAUAACACUGUCUUUGGUGGAGAGCUGAUGGCGUGGAUGGAGCGGCAUGCGGUGCACUGUGGUUGUAUGUUCACAGGAAAUCGAUACAUAUUCACUAUUAGUAUGCAUAGUUUAUCCUUUGAUGAGCCAGUGUAUGCUGCUGAUUGGGUUAGCCUCAGCGCGAAUGUUAUUUACGUUCGUAAUACUACCAUGGAGGUUGAUGUCAAGCUCACUGCUGAGCGCGCGAAUGGGUCUGUUAUCACAAAUCGUGCUUCGUUUGUCCUUAUUAACACCAACGAUAUUGGUCAGAAAGUAAGCAUUCCUGUUGGUCUUGACUUGUCAGUAGCCUCCCAGGAUGAACUAAAGCGGUAUAUAAUUGCAAGAAAACGUUACCAAUCUGGCUUUGAAAAUUCUAAAUACAUUAGAAAAUUGUUAGGAAAAUCUUCAUAA